AUGGACAAGGAGAUUGUGCAGGCAGAAUUCGAACUAACAAAUGAUCAACUGGAGCGCUGCGUACCAGUGAGUGAUGCCAAGAGGGAUACGUGCCAAGCAGCGUUGGCGAAUCUUGCAGAGGAGUUUAGUAACAGUAAAGCAGAUAAAGCCGAUUAUCCCCUCAACGACAAGCAUAUGGCAGCCAUCAGGAAAAUAAAGAACGACAAAGAUAUAAUAAUCAGCAGGCCGGACAAAGGGAAUGGAGUGGUGAUAAUGCAGCGAAGUGAUUACAAUGACAAGAUGAAUGCUAUUCUGGCUGAUGCAUCGAAGUUUCAACUCUUGGGACCGACGGAAACGCAUGACCGCACUUACCUGGAUGAACGCGCCUUGCAGGCAUACCUAUUGCGAUACAAAAAGGCUGGUAAAAUACUCAAUAUAGAUUACGACCGGAUCCGACCCGUUGGCUCGUGCCGACCUGUGCUCUAUGGCGUACCGAAAAUACAUAAGAAAGACGUGCCACUUAGACCAAUCCUGUCCAUGAUCAAUGCUCCCCAACACGAAAUGGCCAAGUGGCUAGCUGAAUUACUAAAGCCAGUCCUGAUUAAAUAUUCCGCCCACGCAACUGAGGAUACUUUCGAGUUCGUGGAUGACGUAAAGGAAUUUGGCCAGCAGCAGGCAGAGAACUCUGGAUCGCUGUUCCUGUGCUCUUUCGAUGUCAAUGAAAGUGCAGUGACUGUGAAGUAG